AUGGCGUCUCGGUACGACAGGGCAAUCACUGUCUUCUCCCCGGACGGACACCUUUUCCAAGUGGAAUAUGCUCAAGAAGCGGUGAAGAAAGGAUCCACAGCGGUUGGAAUUCGGGGUACCAAUAUUGUUGUGCUUGGAGUAGAAAAAAAAUCUGUUGCCAAGCUUCAAGAUGAAAGAACUGUGAGGAAAAUUUGUGCCCUUGAUGACCACGUCUGCAUGGCUUUUGCAGUUAUCACUAUUUUUAUAGGACUGACUGCUGAUGCUAGAGUAGUAAUAAACAGAGCUCGUGUGGAGUGCCAGAGCCAUAAGCUUACAGUUGAGGACCCGGUCACUGUGGAAUAUAUAACUCGCUUCAUAGCAACUUUAAAGCAGAAAUAUACUCAGAGCAAUGGACGAAGACCUUUUGGUAUUUCUGCCUUAAUUGUAGGUUUUGAUGAUGAUGGUAUCCCAAGAUUGUAUCAGACAGAUCCCUCUGGUACCUACCAUGCUUGGAAGGCAAAUGCAAUAGGCCGAAGUGCUAAAACUGUUCGAGAAUUUCUAGAAAAAAAUUACACAGAAGAUGCUAUAGCAAACGACAAUGAAGCUAUUAAAUUGGCAAUAAGAGCUUUGCUAGAAGUUGUCCAGUCUGGUGGAAAAAAUAUUGAACUUGCCAUAAUAAGAAGAAAUCAACCUUUGAAGAUGUUUAAUGCCAAAGAAAUUGAAUUACAAGUAACCGAAAUAGAAAAGGAAAAGGAAGAAGCAGAGAAGAGAAAAUCAAAGAAGUCUACCUAA